GCACAUUCUCCCAGCUCAUCGCACGUACAGGAAUGGGAUGGGACCCCAUUUCAAAUACGGUGACGGCCAGUGACGAUGCUUGGGCUGCUGCAUUUGCGGUCAAUCAUAGAUUCAAGGAGUUCAAGAGAAAGGGGAUGAGACACUAUGAGCUGUUGGGCACUCUUUUCAAUUCAAACACAACCACGGGUUUCCUCCAAAUGUCAUCUGCCCAACCAACUCCCAAUAGUGAUGAAGAGAGAGAACUUGAUGCAGCCUUUCUAUCUGAGGGGGUACAUGUCAAUGUCAGCAUCAAUGGUUUGGAUGACGUGGAGGAGCUGCCCACACCGAGUGAAGCCCAAAGCCGGAGGCAAGCUGAAAAGCGGCCAGCUGAACCGUCUUAUUCAAGUGGAAAAAGGAAGAAAGGGCACUCCCUUGAAUCCAUGACUGAGGCAAUAUGGGGUUUUACUGACAUGAGGAACCGUCGGGGGAAAAAGUCCAUCGACACUGGAGACUCUGCUGUGGGGGCUGCCAAUGAGUCAAUUACAGCAGCUGUAACUCUUCUAAACCAGCACACCGAUGUCGAUCAUGUCACGUAUUGCAAGGUCGUGCAGGAGCUUCAUAAUGCCAAGAGUAGAGCCACUUUUUUUGCCAUGACGGUUGAUAGAAGAAGGGCCUAG